AUGUCGUCCUUCUUUACUGCUCCUGCUUCUCAAAGAAAGCGAAAACGACCAGAAAACGAUCGGGCUCAACCGCGCAAGCGAAGAGAUGUGGAGAAGAACCGGAGCACAGACAGAAGAAUAAAAAGUGCCACUACAGAGAGAUCACACCAGCCGCCACCCGAGGAAGAGCGAGAUGAUGAGAUAUCAGGCAGUGACUCCGGGUCUGAUAUUGGCUCAGAAUCACUAGAGGCUUCCGAUGCGACGUCAGAAGAGGAUGAGACUGGCGCUGAACGACGAGUCCGUUUGGCACAACGCUACCUGGACAGGAUAAAAGGAGAAGUUGAUGAAGCUGGGUUUGAUGCCGAAGAUUUGGACAAGGACAUUAUUGCGCGGCGACUGAAAGAAGAUGUGGACGAAGUGAAAGGAAGGCAGUUUCGACUCAUUGCGAAUUCUCUUGAUUUUCAAAAUGCCGAUCAUAUCAAUUUCCGAGCCGAUACUUUGUCUACGACUGGUGUAGCUGUUUGCAAGCCAUAUGUCUAUACCGUGAGCAUAGAUAAGACUCUGAUAAAAUGGCAGAUACAGUCUCCGCAAAUUGCCCGAACGCGUAGCGCUGGAAAGAGACAAGGUCAAGAUGGCGUGAAGAGGAGGCCGAAACAGCUCGCAUUCGUGAAAGGCGUCAAGGUUCGGGCAUCGGCACAGCAACAGUAUGGGCAUACGGCUGCCAUACUAUCUCUUGCUGCAUCACAGGAUGGGAAAUAUGUUGCGACAGGGGGAGCCGACAACAAGCUAAUUAUAUGGGCUGCAGACGACCUACGUCCACUGAAAACAUUCCAUACGCACAGAGAUUCUGUAGUAGGCCUCGACUUUGCACCUUCUUCAUCUAGCACUUCAGGCUUCGGUACGCAAUUGUUCUCGUCGAGCAUGGAUCGAAGCAUAAAGACAUAUAGUCUGGCAGGGGAAGAGAGCUUAGCAUACGUGGAGACCUUGUUUGGUCACCAAGAUCACGUUGCUGCCAUAUCUGCUGUGUCACAGGAUCUAUGCGUGUCAGUCGGUACGCGAGAUCGUAGUGCAAGGUGGUGGAGAGUGGUUGAUGAGACACAGCUCAAGUUUCUGGGUGACUCUUCCAGAAACGACGAGUAUCAGACGGGAAGCCUGGAUUGUGUCGCAGCAGUUCCUCCUAAUCACUUCGUAACAGGUAGUGACAGUGGAGCCAUACAGCUUUGGAGUCAGCAUAAGAAAAAGUGUGUCUAUACCAUACAAACUGCUCAUGGUAUUGAUCCAUUACCAGCACUAGAAGGCGUGACUAGCGAGAGCGAUCCAAAGGUCAUCGAAGAGCUGAAGAAGUCAGACAGACGCAGGUCAACCCCUCGAGCCAUUACAAGUCUAGUGGCAUUACCCGGCACAGAUGUCGUGCUAAGUGGUAGUUGGGACGGUUGGAUUAGGGUCUGGAAGGUUAGUGACGAUAAACGCACCCUGGAGCCACUCGGCAAAGUAGGAGGAUCAACAGAUGUCUCUGAUGCGGAUGGAAAGGCACACAUGAAUGGAUGGUCUAAUGGCGAAGCAAAGGCUCUAUCCUCUCCUAAUGAUCAGGGACCGAUUCGAGGUGUUAUUAAUGGUCUUGCUGUCUUCGAGCGGAGGAAAGAGACAGUAAAUGAGUUUGGUGGGAAGAAGGAAGGGGAGUGUCAAGGACUAUGUAUUGUGGCAGGCACUGGUAAGGAAAUGAGACUGGGCAGAUGGCUGAACAUGAAAAAUGGUCGCAAUGGAGCCGUCGUUUUUGAAGUACCAUUGAAGGCUGAUGAGUUGACUGAAUAA